GGUGUUUAUAAUAACGACGCACACGCGCUGCACGUUGUUUCUCGUCUCUACCGGUGAAACGGUUAUAAAGAUGUAUAUAUUUAAAUAACGCGGCGCCGCUCUUUCGCCGUGUUUACGGUAACGCGACAUUACGGUAACGCGACAUUACGGGACCGCGCACAGCUGCGCGCGCGGUUCUUUCGAGACGUAUUUCACAAACAUGGCGCCGCACAAAUUCAUCGAUAUCGGCGUGAACCUCACCGACCCGAUGUUCAGAGGAAUCUACCGAGGGAAGCAGAAGCACGACGACGACUUGAACCAGAUCCUCGACAGAGCUCUGGGAAGCGGAGUAGAGAAGUUCGUGAUCACAGGAGGAAACCUCGAGGACAGCAAGGAGGCUCUCAAGCUAGCCGAGACCAGAGGUAACGAAAAAACCACGUUAAAAACCCCAUUUUGUGGGCUUGUUACGAUGUUGUUGUUGUUGUUGUUGUUGUUGUUGUUGUUGUUUGCAGACGAGCUCUACUGCACGGUGGGCUGCCAUCCCACCCGCUGCAAUGAGUUUGAGCAGAACGGUGAAGCCCGGUACUCCUCGGGGCUGAGGGAGCUGGCCGCGGCGCACAGGGCCAAGGUGGUGGCCGUCGGAGAGUGUGGACUGGAUUUCGACCGGUUGGAAUUUUGCCCAAAAGAGACUCAACUCAAAUACUUUGAGAAGCAGUUUGACUUGGCGGAGGAGACCCGGCUGCCCAUGUUCCUCCACUGCAGGAGCUCCCACCAGGACUUCCUGGACAUCAUGAGGAGAAAUCGAGACCGAUGUGUUGGAGGAGUGGUCCACUCAUUCGAUGGGACGGCAGAGGACGCAGCCGCCCUCAUCGACCUGGACCUCUUCAUCGGAAUAAACGGAUGUUCCUUGAAAACUGAGGCCAAUAUUGAAGCCAUGAAGUCCAUCCCCACUGAGAGACUCAUGAUAGAAACCGAUGCUCCGUGGUGCGGCGUGAAGAACACGCACGCGGGCUCCAAAUAUGUAAAGACCACAUUUCCCACAAAGAAGAAAUGGGAGGCGGGGCACUGCCUGAAGGACAGGAACGAGCCCUGUCACAUCAUACAAGUUCUGGAGGUGAUGGCAGCAGCGAGGGGAGAGGACCCGCUGGAGCUGGCCGACGCCAUCUACAACAACACCAUCAAGGUGUUCUUCAGCGCCAGCUGAGGACGGAGUGUGUGUGAGUGUGUGUGAGUGUGUGUGUGUGUGUGUGUGUGUGUGUGUGUGUGUGUGUGUGUGUGUGUGUGUGUGUGUGUGUGUGUGUGUGUGUGUGUGUGUGUGUGUGUGUGUGUGUGUGUGUGUGUGUGUGUGUGUGUGUGUGUGUGUGUGUGUGUGUGUGUGUGUGUGUGUGUGUGUGUGUGUGUGUGUGUGUGUGUGUGUGUGUGUGUGUGUGUGUGUGUGU